AUGCCCAAAAUCCCCCUCCUAAAGGGCCUCCUCCUGCCCAUCGGGGAGAUCCCCUUAGACAGCAUCCAACCAGACCCCAGCAUCAGCUGCACCAAAAAGGACCUCAAAACAAUCACAUCCUAUAACCUUCUUCCGAAGAAGGAAAAGAGCAUGGUAGUUCCAGGAACACCCCCCAUCUACAAACCCCCCACAACCCCCCUCCUCAUCCCCGCCGACUCCGGAAAAUACAUCCUCGACCCCAACAGCCACAUCUUUCCCAAAUGCUCCCUGGAACCUCUCCUCCGCGCCAUCUCCACCACCAGCACCACCCCCAAACCAAGAUUAAACCUCACCACAACGGACCUAAUCACCGACCGACGCAACCUCCGCCUCCUGCUCUCCUUCGUCAGCGCCAACAAAAAGCCCUUCCGAAUCAACAUCGAAGUAAUCCACUCCACAGUACUCUUCUCGACCUGGACAUCCAGCAAAACCAACACCAACUUCGUAGGCAAAUUCGAAGGCUACGGCCACUCCUUCGAGAAAACAUCUACCUGGACGCCGCGCUACAUCCGCGGAAGCAUCAUCCACAACAGAGUGGUACGGUAUACCCUGGGCGGGAUACACAUCCUGCUUCGCUAUGAAGUAGACGCAUGCAUGCCCGGGAAACCACACACUCCCAAUCCCAAUAAUACCAACCAGCAAACCCCCACAGGGAUAAAUAUAAUCAAUUCCGGCACCCUCGUCCCUCCGCACCGCAUCAUCGAGAUCAAAACCGGCCCUGUGAAUAAACGACUCGAUAACUCCAAGAACCUAUCGCAGAUGUGGUUCUCGCAUACUCCGAUACUGUGUACAGGGCAGUAUCAGCCCGACGGGACGUUUUUGCCCGCGCGGACGCAGAAUAUGGAGAAGGAGGGGAGGUUGGCGCAGUGGGAGAGGGAUAAUGAGGAGAAGAUACGGAAGUUGGUGAGGGUGUUGGAGAGGGUGUUUGAGGUUGUGAGGGGGGUGCCGCAUAAGUGUGCGUUGGUGCAUAAUGGGGAUGGGGUGUUGAGGGUGUAUCAGGAUGAUGGGAAUGGGGCCGUGGGGAGGGGGGUGCCGGGGGAUUUGCUGGGGUUGUGGGAUGAUGGGGGUGUCCCAGUUAAUACUACUGCACUCACUCCCUUCAACCUCGACAAGGCUACUGAACGACAACUUGAAAAGAAAACUCAGCCUGGUUACAGAGCUAGCCAUCAAGACACCAAGGAAGAUAGCGGAGGCCACUUCCACACUGAGUGA